AUGGUCAGCUACGUCAAAAUUGCUCUCAACACCAUCCGAGUCCUGUCCAUCAUCACUUGCCUGUUCGUGCUGACCACCUCGGUGAUCGUCAACGUUCAGCACUGGCUCAUGAUCGGCAAGGCCGGCACACUGUUCCAGUUCAUCGACAGAGCGUUUGUCUCCCUCGUCGUGUUCGUCCUGGUCCUGGUCGAGGUCGAGUGGCCUCGAUGGAUCUUCAGACUCUGCCCCCUCUACAACGAUAGCCACAGCUGGGUGCCACUGGGCAUGACGCUCAUCUGCAUCGGGACGUUUAUCCUCGGAUAUGAUUCGCUGAUCAUCGACAGCGACACCCCAGACCAGGCGCUCUAUUUCUGUGUCUUGGUUCCUGGUUGGCUCGCAUUCCUGCUGGGAUGCAUCUACCUCUUGCUGGGUAUUGGCGGCCCCUCUCUGAGGGCCAAGCGCAGUAUCAAAGGUCGGUUCUGCUUUGGCGACUCCCGCUGCUGA